AUGAGCGCCCCACCAGCAACCACGGAGGCCAUCGCCACAGGAGCCGCCAAGAUCGGGUCAGGCGAGGGCCCCCACCACAGCCACAGGACUGCAAUGCAGGGCCCGUCAGCCAUCCCGUCCAGGUCGACCCCCGCAGCGACAACCCUGCAGGCCGGAGAGACAGCCCACGAUAAAAGGUUUGUCACUGGUGAGAAGAGGAACUAUUCCACAAAUUUCUUUGAAGUGUUCAUUAGAAAUUCAAAAAGUGACUUUAGCCUGACUCUUGAAGGUGAGAGAGAAAAGAACGAUGUUUGGGAGUGCACCAAUCGAGCAGAUGAGUGCCAAAAUAAGAGCACUUACCAUGAACAAGCCGGUCAACAUUUUGUGUACCGUCAUUGGAGCGCUCUGAUUAACAGAGUGAGCAGUACCAACAGCAUUCUGGACAUCCUCCUGGAAAAACAGAUGAUCUCACAAGAGUCCUAUGAUACUAUAAGAAGCAGAAAACCCAGUCAAAAACAGAUGAGGGGAAUUCUCAAAGUUGUGACAGCAGGAGGCAGACAAGACGAUUUUGUAGAGAUCCUCAGAAGGGUGGAGAGGUCUCUGAUGGCUGAGCUUGAUGCAUCUCAGUGAAUAAUAUGACUCUUUUGGCCUUUGCUGGAGCCAAGUGGAAAACUAUAACCAUCAGCAAAUAUCAAGGUGCAUUUGUAAACUGAGUAAACCCACAGUACUCCUGCUAUGUGUGUAACAGGGUAGAUUUGGCUUUUUAGUUUCUGUACAAUCUGCACAUUCAACAUGAAGCUUUUUAUAGGGAGGGAGGGCCGAGGGCUCAGAGAGGAGGAGGAGAUUCACAGGAACGUACAUGAAAGUGUGGCUGGACCAGCUGGUAAACAUAGCUGAAGAUCUGCACAGAGGCGACGCUGUCCUCCAGAUGAAAUUACACCUCUACACAGAGAUUUUUAAUUCCUUCAGUCUAGAAAUGAUGAAUUUCUGCUUAGUGCCCCUUUAAGCAUAAAGGAUUAAAAUGAAUUAAAUGUCAAGCUUUGCUUUUUGAGUUUCUAUCUGUGUUUUAAAACCUUCUGUACAUGCAAAGAUCUGUGAUCAGUGGGUCAGGGGGCUUUAAAGAGAAAUAAUAGUCUCUACUCAAUAACUUAAAUAUGCUAAACUAAAUUUCUAAAACAUAAAACACAAAAUGGGUUCAUUAAGUU